AUGAGAAAAGCUAAUACAUUGUCAUCAAACUCUAUUUCAUAUAAUCGCACAAUGAACAAUAAUAAUAAUAAUGGAAGUUACUCAAAUAACAAUGGAAAUUCUCAAAAUUCGAAUCAUCUUCUUUAAGUAGAUAAUGAAUUUAAAUGCAAUAUUAAGGAUCAUUAGCGUGAAAGAAUAGAUUAUAUUUGCACAUAUAAAGAUUGUACAGCAGAGAGUCGUUUAUGCUGCAUGUAUUGCAAAUAACUUUAUCACGGAAGCCAUUAAAAGGAGAAAGUUAUUAAACUUAAGGAAUUUUCGUCAAAGGUGGUUGUUGAUGCUGAGAAAUUGACAAAGCGUUUUGAAGAAAUGGUGGAAGAAAAUGACAUUAAAUUGAUAUUUUAGUAAAGGUUACAAAAAACUGUGAAAGAUAAGCUGAAUGAAUUAGUGAAAUCUUUUUAAAGAUCUAUAAAAAUAUCUAGGGAGAGAAUAUCAACUAUUAUUGAAUCAACUUAAAAUAUCUACGAGUAAGCAGAAAAUUAAGAUAUUUGCGAUGAUAUUCAUGAGUUUAAUAAUGAAUUAUAUAAAAUUCUUCACCGUAGUUAUAAACUGCAUUCUAAAGAGGAUAUUGAAAUUUUAACAAAAAUUUACAGAAAUGAGAAUUAUAGCGAGUAUUUAUCUAAUUCAAAAUCUAUAUCUAGGAACAAAUUCUUUUAUUUUGCAAAUGAUAGAUUGGAUUAAUAUUUUAGCUAGUUAACUAUUGAAACUGAUAAUUUAAUUAGAGAUUUAGGAGGAUAAAUUAAAAAAAUGGAAGAAAUUGUAGCCUAAAGUUUAGGGGAAUAACAAAAUAAAAAUUAAGGUUAGACCACUAAACUACCUACUAUAGGACGUAAUUCUUCAGAAACAAGGUUUAACCAAAAAAAUGUUCCUAACUAUGCAAGACCUCGCUCAUCAGAUAAAAAUAAAUCAUAAAUAUUGAUAACGGAUCCUUCAGGUUAUUAAAAUGAAAGAUCAGCUCCUAACAAGCAGUACAUGCUAAAAAGAGAAGUUCUUAAUCCUAAUAAUAACUCCUUUAAUGGAAGAAGUUUGCUUAAUUCAAUGAAUUAAUCCAACAAUAAUCACUACCCAGUCAUGCAAAGAAAUACUAAAAGUUAUAAAACAGUAAAGUUUGAUAAAAACUAAAUAGGGAAUAAUGGCUCUAAAUUUAAUCUAAACGACUGCAUUCUUCUUCUUGAUUUGGAAAAUAACAAUAAAAAAAGAGGUAAUAACUAGAGAUUGAGCCAAUCUAACCUAAAUGAUUCACUUCUUUCUUAAGAUAACCAUGAAUCAAAUAUGCCUUUUAGUCCUUUUAAAGAUUCUAAUUCUAAAAAUAAUGGAAGUUUCUCACUUCUAAAGGAUCUUAUGUAUGUUGAUAAUCCUCCUUAAAAUAAUACAGGCAGCUAAAUUAAAAAUUAAGACAGCAAUUAGAAACAAAAUGGUAGCAAUGUUAAAGAAGCAACCUCUCCAGAAUCUUAAAUAGCAUAUAAUAAUUAAAAGUAAGAGGCUGAUAAAAAGUAACAAGGAGAAUCUGCAACGAAAGCUGAAAAUAAUUAAAAAGAGAAUUAACAAUUAAAUCAACAAGGCUCUUUACCUGUAUAUAAAAUAAGAGAUAUUUAAAAAGAAAACUAAGAAAGAAAUAAGCCAAAAGAGGAGUGGAUUUAAAUAAAUGAAGAAGAAGUACCAGAUAUUAAAAGCUUAACUGAAGCUGCAGAUAAGUAAAUAGGAGAAUUUUAAUACAUACUUCCUACUGAUCAUACAGAUUCUGAGUACUCUACACUACCUGUCAUGAAAAACACUACUAAUGGCUAAAUCUACAGUGGAUAAUGGAAAGAUGGCUAAAGACAUGGAAAAGGUUUAGGGAUUUUAAAAGAUGGAAGUGUCUAUGUAGGUUACUGGAAAAAUAACUAAGCUAAUGGAUAUGGAAGAAUUAUUCAUCCUAAUGGCAAUAUAUAUGAAGGUGAUUGGAUGAAUGGCAAAGCUCAUGGAAGAGGUAUUUAUAGGUAUCCAAACGGAACUAAAUACGAAGGAGAAUGGUUUGAAGAUUUGUAUGAUGGGUAUGGUGUAAAAACAUGGAAUUAAGGUAGUGUUUACUAAGGUUACUAUCGUUAAGGUUACAGAGACGGAAAAGGGGUCUUUACAUGGCCUGAUGGAAGCAGCUAUGAUGGGUAUUUUUAUAAAAAUCAAAUUCAUGGUUAUGGCAUCUAUAAAUGGAAAGAUGGAAGAGAAUAUAGAGGUGAAUGGUCUAGUGGAAAGAUGAAUGGAAAAGGCUGGUUCAAGUGGCCUGAUGAUAGAAUUUACGAAGGAAACUAUUUUAAUGACAAAAAAGAAGGAUUUGGAGUAUUCCAUUGGCCUAACAACGAAAAAACAUAUGAAGGAUAUUGGUUGAAUGACUAACCUCAUGGCAUAGGACAUAUAAUACAAAAAAAUGGAUAAAAGUCAAAGGGAGAAUGGUAAGACGGAAAACAAAUUAGGUGGAUACCAGAUUCUGAAGAUACAUCAGCACAAGAAAAAAAACUUUAACUUUAAUUUUCAAAACCUGGUUCAACCAAAUGA